GCAGUGGACUUCAGUCCAUUGCGAAGUCACUACAGGAGUUAAAAGAUGAAUCAAGCUAAUGUCGAAAAAUUAGUUUCCAAAUUAAGAUAUAAUGUAAAACCAAGACGUAAAUUAAGAAACGCAGAUGGUCCAUUAGGAAGAAUUCGAAAAAUUCAAAAAACUUUAACAGCAUUAUUAAAAUAUGAAAGAAUCGAAUUAAAUUAUAGUCGAGCUGAUGAAACAAGAGGUUAUGUUGAACGUUUGAUAUCAGAAGCAAUUCGUUAUGGCCCAGAUCACAAAGAAACAAUGCAAGUGGCAGAUUUCUGGAUUCUUGAAAAACAACUUGUACAUAAACUUUUUAAAGUUCUUGCACCAAGGUACAAGGACUACGCAGUUUCUUUUACAAAACUUCAUAAAGCACCGUACAUAUACCCAGACAACGUUUAUGCAAGAGCUGUUUUAGAACUUAGAGGAAAUAUAUAUCCAAGCAUAGAACAAAGUAAUCCAAAUGAACAUAAUUUGCUCCAUAAUAUCUUGCUUAGCGCUGCAAGAAAAGAAUUUAGAAUGGAAAAAUACAAAGAAAUUGCUAACAAUAUAACCAAAUAAAGAUAAUAUAAAUAAAUAAUAAAAGUACAUAAAUGUAUUAGUUUUGUUUUCUUUAAAAAAUUAGUUUCUAUAAUUGAUAUAAUUAAAUUAUAAUUAUAAAUAUAAAA